UGCUGCCCGAGGUGCUAUUGGGAAUGUGAAAUAAGGCAAAUUCGACAGGUAUGACACUGUAUAUCGCCUUCGCGCAUUGUCUGCUUGCAAUCGUCGAGUGGGUUGCUUGCGGCACCCCUCCACCUCCCGAAGUCCAAAAUGCAUGGAGGUUGGACAAAGACACUGUCGCGCUGAUCCCUGUCCACUUUACCGUACGCGUCUGAUUUCGGGUCAAGCGUGCACAGGCGUGAACUGGAACUCAGCCUUGCGCCGAAACGGGGAAAGUGGCACUCUUUUUUCCAGUCUCAUAACAGACGAACAGCCAACCUCUACAGACAGGACAACUCAAACUCUUCGGCCGAUUCCUGAUCACCAGGUCCCCGUUUUGUGGACCGGAGCUUGUGACACGAGCCGAAAGACCUUGCUUCCAACUGACUUUUUCAAUUCGCUCAACAUGCCGAAACGCAAACGCGAUGAGGACGCCUCCGUCGACGCCCUCUUCUUCCGCUUCCGCAACGACCUAUUUCAUUCUCUCAAGAUUGCCAAAGCCUUCGAGCGCCAGCGCCAAGCCAAGCGCCUGAAAGACCCCAAGUCCACGCCUGAAAGGAAAGAGAGGGUAGAGAAGGAGAUUGUCGUUCUCAAGUCCCUCGACCUGCACCAGACAGCUCACGCACAUCUCUGCUCAUCGCUCCUCAAAAUUAAAUCGGUUGCGGAAUCGGAGAAGUUGCCAAACGAUAUCAAAGCCGGGGUGCCUAAGCCAGAGCUGACUGAGGAGGAGAAGGCGCUAUUGCACAACGUCACUAGUGCACUGUAUAACCGCGCUCAAGUGAAGGACGUCGUGCAGAAGGCGCUCGGGGAGAUAUGUAAGGCUCUUGGCGUGGCGGUGCCGGGCAAAAGGGGGAAGGCCUCAGAGAAGGAGCGGGAAGGUCCGAACGAGCUGGACAAGAGCGCGAAGAGUGGCGGAAAGGAAGCAGGCUCGGAAGAGAAGGGGGCUAAGAAGAACAGUAACACCGAAAAUAGCUCAGAAGACGAGCGUGAGGGCCAUGGAACUAAGAGGAAAGAGAAGUGCGGGAAGGACAAGGCUAGCCAAGUGGAGGAGGGGGAGGAGGUUGAUGAGGAAGAAGAGGAGAAGGCCGUUUCACAGCUGGACGAGCUGCUGGGACUAGAAUCUGAGGAAGAGGAGGACGACGAGGAGGAGAUGCUGGUAAAGGGCCGCAGGAAACACUCAACGUCAAGCAGGGACCUGGAUCCAAUGGAGAUUACUACUGAUGAAGACGAUGGGGACGACGAAGAGGACGAUAACGAAGACCUUGACCCCAUGCAGGUCACUUCCAAUGAGGGGGGAGACGGCAGUGGCAGCGAAGACGACUUUCAAGGCUUCAGCGAUGUGAAUCAAGAAAGCCAAGGGAGCUCAAAAAGUGAAGACGAGGGUGCCUCCGAUAGCGAGAGUUCCGCUUCGUCCAUAGCUCGGUCACCACCGGCUAAAAAGGUCUCCACCUCCAAAAAGGCAGCAAAAGCUUCCAAACCUACAGAUUCAACCUUCCUUCCCACGCUCAUGGGCGGGUAUAUCUCUGGCUCCGAAUCGGCGUCCGACGUGGACCUGGCCCCGCCGAGGAAAAACCGCCGAGGGCAACGCGCGAGACAGGCAAUCUGGGAGAAAAGGUACGGCGAAAAGGCAAAACAUCUGCAGAAACCAGCCAAUGGUCGUGACGCGGGCUGGGACCUCAAGAGGGGUGCGGUCGACGGUGACUCGAAGCCCUGGAAACGGGGCAUCCGCAACCCGUUGCUGGACAAGAAGGGCUCGAAGGCAGAUGAUAGACAGCAAACCGCUCCUCCAAAGAGAGAGCCGCCUCCGAGGAUAAGAGAUGACAGUGGGCCCUUGCACCCCAGUUGGGAGGCCAAGAGGCUUGCCAAGGAGAAGGAAAGGCUCACUGCGCCAUUCCAGGGGAAGAAGAUCACGUUUGACUGAGACAAAGCAGUGCCUUACUCUCGAGGUGCCCUGCCGUGACGCAGGGUCAAAGAUUUAGCGGUGAGGGUAACGCUGCAUUGACCUUCCAAAGGACUUGGCCUUGCUCGCCCUGAACAAGCCCGAUGCGCGAAUGCCUCCAAGAACUCUGGGGAUACAGAACGGAUAUGCACUAUUUCAAGAUUAUAUGCGAAAUAGCUACAAAUACCUCAGCGUUCUUAUCCCCCGGGCGUAUGAAACAUCCAGCAGGCGUGAGGCAGGUGUGGCAUGGCUGCGCAAGCUCGUACGCAAUGCGGGUGAAGGUCCCUUGAGCCGAGAACCAAAAGAGGAUGCGACCACCAAGAGGAUGUGGCGGCUGCAGGGGGAUGAUGUUGUGCAGGGCAGGGCAGCUGACAGGGUUUUGAAGCCAACGUUAGUAACUGGUCGAUU